CCCCAGCCGCUUCUUCAUAUGCUCAGACCUGCUGUGCCCUGACUUCUGACUUGCUCAAGAAAGAUGGAGUCGGUCUCCUUUGAGGACGUAGCCUUGAACUUCACCCGGGCCGAGUGGGCUUUGCUGGAUCCUGCCCAGAGGCGCCUGUACAGAGACGUGAUGCUGGAGGCCUGCAGGCACCUGGCCUUCGUGGAGGGUUUUGUUCGUGGAAAAGCCAGUGGUCCUCUUGGAGGUAUCUUGGAAAAUAAGUUGUUCCGUGAAGACAGCACGGUGGGGUUCAUGGGCAGCGAUUCCUGCGAUGGGUUUGGAGAGAGGCGGAUGUUCCCUGACACUGGUGACCAGCAGCAAACGCAGAAGCGGAGACAGACGCGACGCCGUCGGCGGGGCACCGGCACCCGAAGACGGACGUCCCACAAGUGCAAAGUGUGUGGGGAGACCUUCCCUGUCGCCAGCCUGCUGACGCAUCACGUCAGGGAGCACCACAAGGAGACGCCGUUCGUGUGUGAGCUCUGCGGGAAGGGCUUCCGCCUCCCCACGUACCUGCAGGUUCACGCCAAGACCCACACUGACCUGGAGAAGCCCUUGAAGUGCCCCGAGUGCCCCCAGAGGUUCAAGUAUCCCUGCAAGCUGCGUGCCCACGCUCUGGUGCACUCGGGCGUCAGGCCUUUCGCCUGCCAGCAGUGCGGGAAAAGCUUCAGGACUGGCUCGAAACUGCGUCGGCACAGCCGGACCCACACCGGGGAGAGGCCAUACGAGUGCCCCGAGUGCGGGAAGGCGUUCCGGGAGAGCCACUCGCUGGCACUGCACCAGCGCAUCCACACAGGCGAGCGACCCUACACGUGCUCGCAGUGCGGGAAAGGUUUUCGAAGCCUGGACAUCCUCCAGGGCCACCUGGUGACGCACACGGCCCAGAGUCCCUUCCAGUGUCCCGAGUGCGGCAAGACCUACCGCGACCGCUCCUACUUCUACGGCCACCUGCAGAGCCACCGGGAGUCCCAGCCCCUCACCUGCGGGGAGUGUGGCCGAGUCUUCAGCCACCCCAAGCACUUCCGCCGGCACGUCAGGAGCCACCAGGAGGAGAAGCCGUUUGUGUGCCACUGCGGGCAGGGGUUUGGCCAGGCUGCAGCCCUGCACAAGCACGUCCGCCGGACCCACCCUGGGGAGAAGCGCUGA